CUGGCCAUAGAUUUUGGUUUAAAUUUGAAAUAAUAUUUGAAGAUUAUUUCAAACUCCAAUAAGUGUUUGUUCCUCAAAUUCACUCAUUAUUGAAUUAUAGAAUUUGAAGUUUGAAGCACAUGUUUUAGGAGUUUCUCAAGUUUUCACUCACAAAACGCAACUUUGUUUUCAUGUCCUCACACAACUAAACUUUCAAAUACUAUUCUCUUCUUUUUCUUUUUCUUUUUCUUUUUUUUUUCAAAUCUCAACCAACUCAUGUCCAAUCGCCUUAAGUUCACAAGAAUAGAUUUUGGAUAUGGCAACCAAUUUUAGCUCGAAUUUCUGAACUUAAGAUAUUUAAACUAUUCAUGGACUAAUUUCUUUGUCUAUGCUAUGAUGGAAUGUUGAAAUUAGGAAUUAGAGGGUGGUAAUGCAGAAAGAACAAAUCUUUUCAAGAAUCUGAACAUGGGUCUUUUCAUAGAUGUCCUGUCUGCUCUUUCCAGAAACUCGGUAUAGUGCAUUAGUGAGGUGGGAUGCAUCUAACAAGUUCAUGGGGUCAUUGGCUUUCAGAAUUUAAGAUGUUUAUCUUUAAAGAAGCCUUUUACUCUUAUUAUGAAUCUAAAUAAAUACUCGGCAACAUCUUUCUGUGGGUGCGUAUUUUAGGCUUUCCUUCAACAAGUAUGCUGGAAAUUCCGGGCUAUGAGUGCUAAGCUGUUUCCUCCAGUUCUUUUUUCCUUGAUUGUUCUGUUUCCUUCAGUUCUCACGCUUAGUUUGCUACAUAUAGUCACUCUGCUCUGGGCUAGAAACUGAUAUGAGAACGCCACAAAGUGUGAAAACCUGUCGACCCAGUCACAUAGCUCCUUAAUUGGCAUUGCAGCUGCACUUUUAGCAGUGUGGUUGAUCACUUGAUCUUCUUUGUUUCUUCACCUAAUCUUUUCACUAGUUUUAGAGAGACAUCAAACGAAAACAAGCUGAUUUUUUCAUGCUGUCGUUAAUGGUGUUACUCUCUCAGACAUGGUACUAGUUUGCUGAGCAGACAGAUGGAAGAACCCAGGUGAAACAAAAAAGCAAGUGAACUAGGCAGAUUUUACACUUAAAAACUGGUGAUGCAAGCGGAUGAUACGCAAAGUUGAUCUCUUAUGGCAACUUGAGUUGACUUGGGAAGUCCAGGAGCAAAUAGGAAAUCUUAUUCAUUCUUAAUUAUUAGUAUGAUGACGCUACACCCAAUAGUAGAUCUGCUUGCUCUUUCUCUGUUUCCAUUUUUGCUCUUCUUCCCAGAAGUUACUGCUGACCUUAGCUCAGAUAGACAAGCGCUACUUGACUUUGCUUCUGCAGUACCUCAUCUUCGAAAGUUCAAGUGGAACACUAGCUCUUCCAUUUGCACAUGGCAUGGCGUCAGUUGCAGCUCAGAUGGCAGUCGCGUAGUUGCACUUCGGCUUCCUGGUAUUGGACUCUAUGGUCCUAUUCCAGACAAUACCAUAGGAAGACUGGAUGCACUAACAACCCUCAGCCUUCAUUCCAAUGGGCUGACUGGAAAUCUUCCUUCAGACAUCACCUCUCUUCCGUCCCUCCGUUUCAUAUUUCUCCAACAAAACCAAUUUUCUGGUGAAAUACCUUCCCCUCUAUCUCUACAGCUCAACUUCAUUGAUCUCUCUUUCAACUCCUUCUCAGGAAAAAUUCCAACAACAAUUCAAAAUCUGACACAUCUUACUGGUUUGAACCUACAAAACAACUCGCUCACAGGAUCCAUUCCUAAUGUAAAUCUACCAAGGCUUACACAAUUGAAUAUGAGCAAUAACCAACUCAAUGGUUCAAUUCCGCCAUCCCUUGCAAAGUUUUCAGCUUCUUCAUUUCAAGGAAAUUCUCUAUUAUGCGGACAACCCUUGACUCAAUGCCCCUCUUUUGCGCCUUCACCUUCUCCAUCCCCUUCAAGUCCACCUUCUCCUUCGCCUUUGAGUCUAACACCACCAUCUCGUUCUCCAAGUGUCCUGCCAUCCUCACCAACACUUCCUGAAAAGCAUAAAGGCAAGAAAAGCUUAAGUACAGGGGUUAUCAUUGGCAUUGUUGCAGGGGGUGUUGGAGGGAUCCUAUGUCUAACUGUGUUGAUUUUCUUGUGUUGUAUGAAGAGAUACUAUUCAAAGAGAGGUGUUCAGCAAAGAAAAGACUUUAAUGGAGGAGGAAGUCCGAAGCAAACAGAGGACUUCAGUAGUGGAGUACAAGCAGCUGAAAAUAACAAAUUGGUUUUCUUUGAGGGUUGUUCUUUCAAUUUUGAUCUUGAAGAUUUGUUGAGAGCCUCGGCUGAGGUUUUGGGUAAAGGGAGCUAUGGAACAACCUACAAGGCCAUCUUGGAGGAGGGAACGACUGUUGUUGUGAAACGGCUGAAGGAAGUUGUUGUUGGGAAACGAGAGUUUGACCAGCAGAUGGAGAUAAUUGGCACUGUGGAUCAGCAUCGACAUGUUGUUGCACUUCGUGCUUAUUACUUUUCCAAGGAUGAAAAACUUCUUAUCUAUGAUCAUGUACCGGCAGGCAGUUUAUCCACUAGAAUGCAUGGCAACAGGGACUUGGGAAGAACACUGGAUUGGGAAUCUAGAUUGAGGAUUGCCCAUGGAGCUGCAAGUGGUAUUGCCCAUAUCCACGCUGUUGCUGGUGGCAAACUAAUUCAUGGCAAUAUCAAGUCAUCCAAUGUGCUUCUCACCCACGAUAAUAGUGGAUGCAUCUCAGAUGUUGGUCUUACUCCUCUAAUGGGCUUUCCUACUAUCCCAUCAAGAAGUGCAGGAUAUAGAGCACCCGAGGUGAUCGAGACCAAGAAAUGUACUCAGAAAUCCGACGUUUACAGCUUUGGUGUUCUGCUUCUUGAACUCCUUACUGGAAAAGCACCAGUGCAGCCACCUGGCCAUGAUGAGGUGGUAGAUUUACCAAGAUGGGUACAGUCUGUUGUCAGGGAGGAAUGGACUGCAGAGGUGUUUGAUGCUGAGCUCAUCAAGUUUCAAAAUAUCGAAGACGAGAUGGUGCAGAUGCUGCAGAUUGCAAUGGCUUGUGUGGCAAAUGUGCCUGAAACAAGGCCUGACAUGAUUCAAGUUGUCCAGAUGAUUGAGGACAUCCAGCAAAUUGAUUCUGGAAACAGGCUAUCAUCUGAAGAUAACAAGUCUAGGAGCCCAACUAGUCCAACACCAUGAUUAGUCAUGCAUUUAUGAUACUCCAUUCUAUUACCAAAUGUGCAUUUGAACUUUUUUCUUUUUAAGUAUAAUUCAGACCUUUUGGAUAUCAUUCUUCAUGACUGCCUAUAUCUGACUGAUUCUGUAAAAUCAAUAAAUAAUUCAAUCAUAUUAGGUUUACCUUUA